GGUGACUCGAGGAGUUGCUUGCGAUGGUCUUCACCAAUCAACUCGUCUUCGUAACCGGAAACGAAAACAAGUACAGGGAGGUCAAGCAGAUCCUCGAGCCCCUGGGCUUCACCAUCGUCAAGCCAGAGCACGACGUCGACGUUCCUGAGCUCCAGGGCCCUAGUGAAUUCAUCGCUAAAGAAAAAUGCCGUCGCGCUGCUGAGCAAAUCAACGGUCCCUGUAUCACAGAGGAUACAUCUCUGAAAUUCGACGCGUUAAGCACAGAAAAGUACGACCUCCCAGGGCCCUACAUCAAGUACUUCGUCGAAAACAUCAAACCACAAGGCCUCCACGACCUCCUCAAAGGCUACGGCGACCCGCCCAACAUGAAAGCAUCCGCAAUGUGCCUGUUCGCAUACAGCACAGGCCCGGGAACCGAACCCCACAUCUGCCGCGGCGCCGCAGAGGGCCACAUCGUUCCCCCGCGCAUGCGGAAGGAGGACGUCGAGGCGGGCAAGAAGCCUUUUGGAUGGGACCCCAUCUUCCAGCCCAACGAUCAGGAUCCAGAGCGGCCCGAGGAGGGAGGGGAGAAGCCUUUUCAAACGUACGGCGAGAUGAACACGGUGUUUAAGAACAAGAUCUCGCAUCGCGCCAAGGCGCUUACUAUUCUUCGAGCGAAAUUGGAGGAGCUUCGGAACGCGCAGUGAACGCUUGCGUAAGACUGCGUGGAAAGCACAUUUCGGUAGAGUUGGGGACAUGGGGCCUCCCGAUGAGUUCCCAAAGGUACUUACAGGUCAGGCCCAGCCUCGAAAGAUCGGCAACUUAUUCCAUGCCCUACGGCUAUUUUAUUGAUUUACAAGUACUACUAGGAGAACUUGUAACAUAUAGAUCGCUCACCUGCAUCCACGAUAUCGAAAAGGCGGC